UCCGACUCUCUCUCUCUCUCUGUCUCUCCCACUCUCUCUCUCUAUCUCUCUCUCUAUAUCAUUCUCUACCUAAAUCUUCCUCGACGUGUAGAGGGAAGGACCUGUAAUACCCUUUCUUCUUUACACGGAGGAUUCAUCGACUCUGGAAAUAUGGAUGAGAAUUUAGCUCUAAUCGAAUCCAUUCUCCAGGAGGACGAGGAAGUUGAGCGAAGAGCGAGAGCGACGCAAAACGACGACGCCCAUGGCUGGCAAACGGUGAUCAACAAGAAGCGCAACCGCAAGUCUUCGAAGCCCUUGUCGGAGAAGAAUUCCGUUGAUCCCGGCGUCGAGGAUGUUAAUUCUUCACCCAAUGUUUUCAGUGGAAUUGAGCAGCAUUCUGAGGAGCGCCGCCGCCGGAUUCUGGAGGCUCAGAUGGCCUAUGAAUCUGCAUCUGCGGAUGCCGAUACGGGCAGAUCGAGGCGGCAUUCCGACGAAAACGACGAUAGCAGCGACGAAGUCCAGGGGAUGGGAGUUGAGAAUGGCUCUGUUGUCGAGGUAAAGAAAGUCAAGAAGAAAAAGAAGCCGAAGAUGCCCAAGGUGACAGUGGCUGAGGCCGCUUCGAAAAUCGACGCUACUGAUCUCACCACAUUCCUGGCUGAUAUUACUGUUUCAUAUGAAUCACAGCAAGAUCUUAUGCUCAUGCGAUUCGCUGAUUACUUUGGGCGUGCAUUCUCGUCAGUCGGUGGGGCUCAAUUCCCAUGGUUAAGGACGUUCAAAGAGUCCACGGUUGCAAAGAUGGUUGAUAUCCCUCUUUUACACAUAUCUGAGGACAUAUACAAAACAUCAAUUGAUUGGAUCAGCCAGCGUUCUUCUGAAGCACUUGGGUCAUUUGUGUUAUGGUCAUUGGACAGCAUUCUUGCAGACCUUGCCAAUCAUCAAGGAGCUGCUAAGGGAGCCAAAACUGUGGCUCAGCAAACGUCAUCUAAGUCUCAGGUUGCCAUAUUUGUGGUGUUAGCAAUGGUUCUUAGGCAAAAACCUGAUGUCAUGAUCAGCUUAUUGCCCACAAUUAAGGAGACUAAAAAAUUUCAAGGACAGGAUGAAAUCCCUCUUGCUGUUUGGGUCACUGCUCAGGCAUCUCAAGGAGAUUUGGUUACGGGGUUAUACUUGUGGGUAUCUCUUCUCUUGCCAAUGUUGAGUGGCAAGUCAGGAAGCAAUCCUCAAUCAAGAGACUUGGUUUUACAAUUGGUGGAGAGAAUCUUGUCACCUCCUAAAGCUCGUACUAUCUUAUUGAAUGGUGCUGUCAGAAAGGGCGAGCGUGUCGUGUCCCCUUCUGGUCUUGAUGCUUUAUUGAGAAUCACCUUCCCUCUCCCUUCAGCCCGGGUCAAGGCUACAGAGAGAUUUGAAGCUGUCUAUCCAACAUUAAAAGAAGUAGCCCUAGUAGGAUCUCCUGGAAGCAGAGCAAUGAAGCAACUGGCACUACAGAUAUCAAACUUUGCAUUCAAAGCUGCUGGAGAAGCCAAUCCUGACCUAUCAAGGGAGGCAAGUGACAUUUUUAUAUGGUGUUUGACUCAGAACCCUGAGUGUUACAAACAGUGGGACAUACUUUAUAUGGAUAACCUGGAGGCAAGUGUGGCUGUUUUGACAAAGCUUUCUGAUGACUGGAGGGAACACUCUCUGAAACAUCCUACUCUUGAUCUUUUGAGGGAAACUGUUAAAAGUUUCAGACAGAAGAAUGAGAAGGCCUUGGCCGAGGCCCAUGACGGCACUUACGUCGCAUUACUGAAAAACGCAGACCAGCACUGCAAGGCUAUUCUGCGGCAAGUGUCCAAUGGCUAUGGAUGCAUGAAGAGCUUGGCGUUCAUGUCUGUUGUACUCGGCAUCGGUGCCGUUAUCUUGUCCCAGAACAUGCAUUCCUGGGAUCAUAACAAACUUUCGGAAAUGUUAAGGGAGUUGCUCCAGUAGAGAGGUUUGCCGUGACUGACUGAUGAUUUAGUCUGCUUAUAUCCAUCAUGGAUCACUUACUUUAAGCACAUGGUCCAUAAUAAAGUGGGAUGAGGAAGAUUUAAUUUAUUCUACUUUUCAACAUAAUGGGAAUUAGGAGUGAAAGAAAAAGGAGUAAAUAGUAAUAGCACAGUGAUGGAAGCUUAUGGGCGUUUUACACAGGGAUUGAUGUGUUCUGUUGUCUAGUUUCAACUUUCAAGGAGUGCCAAAUGGCUAUAGAGAAACAUAAAUCAAGGUGAAAACAAGAUGGUGCUUAAUUUAAAAUUUUGAAGCAUUUAUUUUA